AUGAGCGUCAGAGCAACAGCUGCUGCAAACUACUGCGGGAGAUAUGAUAACCACCCAUAUGAUUCAAAUUUUUACGCUAAGAAUCCUGACCCCUACACUGAAUUCUCCACAAGCUCAAUGCAGCGUGGACCUAGUUAUGAAGGCGUCUGGCCUGAAGCUAUACCUCCUUCAAAAAGAAGAAAGUUUUCAGACUUCUCUUGUGAAAGCACUGGGAGACCCUAUCAGCAACUACUCUAUUGUGGACGUGGCCUUCGAAAUCAUGCUGAUCUUUGGCAACGGGUGCCUCAUCAGUUAUCCAGAUAUUUCUGCCAAAGCUCUGUAGUCCAUGACAGCAGUUCAGCUUUUAUUGGUGCAAGUGAUUCCAGUACUUAUAAUUCAGCUCCCUCCAAACGCACUCGAUUAGAAUUUGAGGAUGAUGAAGUGGUUUUUAUGUCAAGGGACGAGAUAGAGAGGUGCUCUCCUUCAAGAAAAGAUGGCAUUGAUGUGCUGCAUGAGACGCGUCUCAGAUACUCGUAUUGUGCGUUCCUUCAGAAUCUUGGGAUCCGGCUUGAUCUACCUCAGACAACUAUUGGGACUGCAAUGGUUCUGUGCCAUCGCUUUUUUGUUCGUCGAUCGCACGCGUCUCAAGACAGAUUUUUAAUAGCUACUGCCACACUUUUUCUUGCCUCGAAGUCAGAGGAGACACCACGCCCACUUAAUGAUGUACUAAAGGUGUCUUCUGAAAUUCUUCAUGGGCACGAGUUUGCUACUCUCUCAUUCAAGCUGCCUCUUGAUUGGUUCGAGCAAUAUCGCGAGCGGAUACUGGAGGUUGAGCAAUUGAUUUUGACAACUUUAAAUUUUGAGCUAGGUGUGCAGCAUCCAUAUGAAUCUUUGACAUCCACUCUUCAAAAGUUAGGUUUUCCGCAUUCCGGAUUUCUGAAUCUGGCAUUGAGCUUGAUCAGUGAAGGGCUUAGGAGCUCACUUUGGCUCCAGUUCAAACCUCACCAGAUAGCUGCUGGUGCUGCUUACCUUGCUUCCAAAUAUUUAAGUUUGAAUCUUUCUUCGUCUGGCAAUGUUUGGAAGGAGUUUCAUACUCCACCAUCUGUACUAAGUGAUGUUGCGCAUCAACUGAUGGAACUAUAUUGA